GGCUUCCUGCAGGCGGCGCCGGGGCGAGCCGAGCGCUGCAGUCACCAGCCUUGGGACGCUGGGGGCCCGGGCGUUCGGGGGGCCGCGUCUGAGGCUUGGGGCGCGCUACGCAGCCGUCGGUCGCCGCUGCCCGCGCUCCUGUGUCGCUGCAAUCGCCGUGGCCGCUGCCGGUUACGCCAGCCCCGCCGCCGCCCGCUCCGAUUCUGCGCACAGGCGGCCCCCAAGCCUGUCAUUCUGCAAAAACACAGUUUACUCAACACGCCGCACACACUCGCGCGCGCGCACACACACACACACACACACACAGACACACACACACAUACACACACACUCGCGCGCGCGCACACAUUCAUACACACACGCACGCACACACGCGCGCGCGUAGCCCGGGCCCCCUGCGCGCACACGCACGGGAGCGCGCGAGCGAGCAAGACGCGCACACCCGGCGAGCCAAGUUCCGCAGCCUGGCAUGGCUUCUGGGGACCUUUACGAGGUUGAAAGGAUUGUGGACAAGAGGAAGAACAAGAAGGGGAAAUGGGAAUAUCUUAUCCGAUGGAAAGGCUAUGGCAGCACCGAGGACACGUGGGAGCCGGAGCAUCACCUCCUGCACUGUGAAGAGUUUAUUGAUGAGUUCAAUGGGCUGCAUGUGUCCAAGGACAAGAGGGUGAAGUCAGGGAAGCAAGCCGGAGCCUCUAAGCUCCUUCGUGACACCCGCAGCCCCCCAGUGGAGAGACUCUCCCACAAGCCUCUGGAGCCUGGGAAGAGCAAAUCAGCUUCCCACAAGCGGAAGCGAAUCAACUCUCCCCUGUCCAGGCCCAAGAAGGGGUCUUCAGGAAAGACCUCUGGGGCUGCAGACAGGGCUACUAAGACUGUGUCUUAUAGGACUACACCCAGUGGCUUGCAAAUCAUGCCCCUGAAGAAGGCUCAAAAUGGCUUGGAGAAUGGAGACGCUGGCUCCGAGAAGGACGAGUCACACUUUGGAAAUGGGUCCCAUCAACCAGAUUUGGAUUUGAAUGACCAGGUCGGAGAGCAGGAUGCCAGUGAUUGUGAUGGGACCCACUCUGCGCUGGUGGAGAACGGAGUUGGCCCUGCUCUGACCAAUGGAGGCCUGAACCUGCACAGCCCCGUGAAGAGGAAGCUGGAGACGGAGAAAGACUAUGUCUUUGACAAGAGGCUCAGGUACAGCGUCCGCCAGAAUGAAAGCAACUGUCGGUUCCGUGACAUCGUCGUGCGGAAGGAAGAGGGCUUCACGCAUAUUCUUCUGUCCAGCCAGACUUCAGAUAACAAUGCAUUGACACCUGAGAUCAUGAAGGAAGUCCGGCGAGCACUGUGCAAUGCAGCCACGGAUGACAGCAAGCUGCUGCUGCUCAGUGCAGUGGGCAGUGUGUUCUGCAGCGGCCUGGACUAUUCCUACCUGAUCGGCCGGCUGUCCAGUGACCGGAGAAAGGAAAGCACUCGGAUCGCAGAAGCCAUCAGAGACUUUGUGAAGGCCUUUAUCCAGUUUAAGAAACCCAUCGUGGUAGCCAUCAAUGGACCAGCGCUGGGCCUGGGAGCAUCCAUUCUACCCCUCUGUGACAUCGUAUGGGCCAGUGAGAAAGCCUGGUUUCAGACACCAUAUGCAACUAUUCGCCUCACACCUGCUGGCUGUUCCUCCUACACCUUCCCCCAGAUCCUGGGUGUGGCGCUGGCCAAUGAAAUGCUGUUCUGUGGGCGGAAACUCACUGCCCAGGAGGCAUGCAGCCGGGGCCUAGUGUCUCAGGUCUUCUGGCCCACAACAUUCAGCCAGGAGGUCAUGCUGCGGGUGAAGGAGAUGGCAUCCUGCAGUGCUGUGGUUUUAGAAGAGUCCAAAUGCCUGGUCCGAAGUUUCCUGAAGUCAGUGCUGGAAGACGUGAACGAGAAGGAAUGCCUCAUGUUGAAGCAGCUCUGGAGCUCAUCCAAAGGCCUGGACUCUCUGUUCAGCUACCUGCAGGACAAAAUCUAUGAAGUUUGAAGGGCCCCAGCUUCUGAGCCCCAUUGCUCAAGGGUACCUGACUUCCAGUCGGGCCCUGUGUUUUUACCAUCGGAGCCCAGGGUCCACCAUAGCCAAGAGUUUGUCAAGGUGUGUCUUUACACCUAGGGUUGUGUUCAUUCCUCGUGUCCUUUGGUUGUCUCUCAUUGGUUUGAUUUUGUGUAACGAUGGGAAAUGCAGCACCCUUGGCCUCCCCGUGUCCCUCUCCCAGCCGGCCAUAGAGAUUCCCAGGGUUACACCUUCCCAGGGCUCUGCCAGGCACUGCUGCCCUUUCCCCACUAGCUGAAACGCUCCACCACCAUGGUCCAGAAAGGGAAGAUCAGCCUCCCCUAUCCUCCUGACUCAGGCUGUGACUACACAGUGCCUCCAACUUGGAGAUGAGACCAUCAUGGUUCUCUGAUUAAAUGAUCUGGGAUCAGGGGACAAUCAUCUUAGGGAAUUCACAGGCCAACAAGCACGUGGCUAGCACAUGACUGUGUAGGCCUGUAGGCCCGGCUUCAGUUUCCUUUCCAAUGCAACUCGGUGUGACUCGUAGGGCUUGGUCUUAAAACCCAACUGAGUGAUUUACAAACCCAGAUAUUGUACAUUUAGAAAUGUUUUGUUAAAUAUAUAUUUUUUAAAAAAUGUAAGUGGAAAUUCUGAUAAUUUAUGUGUAUUAUAUGUAAAGCUAGUUUUGCAAAAACAGGAAUUACUAGGAAAUUUUUUUCUUUAUUCGGAUUUAUUUUAUUUAUUUAUUUUUGUUUAUAUAUUAUGAAGUCUAUUGUUCACACAGAUCUUAUUUUCAUACUACCCUGGACCAAAUACUAUUCAAGGUUCACGCCAUUUGGUGCACUCUCACAAUGAGCCAUGUGGGAAGUUCAGAGAUGAGAAUGGAAGGAUCUUUGUGGAUUUAAAAUGAACAACACUGUGUCAGGUCCUCUCCAUGCCACUCUUACAACAUGACAUCAGUUCUCUAGUCUUGUUUUUAGGACAAGUCAUGGUGGCAUUUUUCUUUUACUCACUGUCAUUAAGGAGAAUCGAGGACUCUUGUCACUCAAAGCAGGACCCACUCCUUAAAUGUGUAAUGUUAAGAAAGGAUAAGGGUGCAGUACCGUUUCAGGAUGAAACAUUGCCUAGGAGAGACAUUCUUUUGCUCUGGGAGAGAUGAGUAAAUUUGGAUUUCUAAGACCUUUCCUGCCAUAUGUAUGUCAAGGUCUCGGUUGGCCUUCUGGGAGUGUUGAGAAAAAAACUCAAGUCUUGGGAGUUUCUGUAGGGUCCAAACCAUUUUGCUUCCGGAAGCCUGAACAAUGAAUCUUUUUUUUUCUAGCUGGGAGAAUACUAGGGAGCAGUAUCUAGCAUGGAGGUCUCCUUGCCUCAAUGGCCCUGGGAUACCAGAGGCCUCCAGAAGCUGGGUUUGUGGAUCCAACUAAAGUUCCUGGACCUGCAUGGGAGGGGGUGGGGAAUUUGGGUUUGAGUGGAUAAAGACAGGAAAUGGAGGGGAUCCAUUGUGCCUGGAGCCUCAAACCUAGUUGAGAGCGUGUGCUCAGAGAAAAUUAGACCAUCAGGGUGCCUGGAUAGUUCUAGAUGUAUUCCAACCUUGACCUCUGUUCUUUCUCUCCAUUUCCCUCUGAGAUUCCAGCCUUUCUUUGCCGUUCCUUGUAGACAAUGGGAUGCAGCACUGAGUUGGCCCAGUUUGUGGAGAGGAGGUGGGCUGCAAAGGGGGUUCUCUACCUGCUCUUGAAUGGGAAUAGCUACCCCAGUCACAAGUGGAAAGAAUGUGUGGCCUUGAGCUUUGAAUGACACAGGUAGCUGAAUGUUUGUAUGAGAACUGGCGAAAUGGCCCUCUAAACAGUGGCUCCGGCAUGUACUUGACCUUGUGGUCCUUAGGAUGACCUUGCUUCACCCUAUAGAAAGUGUUAGAUGUCAGAAAGGUUCAGGAAGAAAGGAAUUUCACUUCUCCAUUCUCUUUCAGCCUGUGCCACCUUGGCCAUAAGGAGCCUGUAAGUACAGCCACCUUGGCUGUGUUCAGUCACAGAAAAAAUGGAAUUGAAGUCUGUAGCUCCCUGUAGGAGCUAUACAUUGGGGUGUAGAGAAUUAAUAUUGGAGAACACCUGAUUCUAUCAGGUGCCUGUUGUUGAACUUUCUCCAUUAGAUGAGUUCUCCACACCCUUAAGAUGACCGUUGUCCUUGUACAUCUUCACUGUUGUGCCACCUGUAUAGGACCCGCCCCCUGUGCUUUCUAAACAAAGCCUGUGCUUUCUAAUCAAGGUGGUUUUGUCCAUAGGGAGGCAAGGGGUCAGAAUUCUUUCUGGAAAUGGAAGGGGAUUUUUAGAAAUUUCUGUUAAUGGCAUCUGUCUUCAAUUCCUUUUGAUACAGUCAGGAUUGCUUUAGCUUUGGAUCUUUGAUGAACACCAAACCUCUGAGUGUAUCAAGGACUUCGAUUACUGAGGUAGACUUGAUACCAUUUCCAAAGUGGAAUUCACACUGCUAGUUUUAAAAGAUUGUUUCCAUCUGAUUGCAUCAAGGCCUUCACCUAAGGUAGUUCUACCACCUGGGCACAAGCCAUUUAGUCAGUCUGCUACAGUUCUGGCUGAACCACUGGAAUGGCUAGUUUCAGGGUAGUUGUUGUGGUAGUGUGUAAUUGAAAUGCAGAUGACCUCCAGCACAUUGAGCUGGGAUAGAAAGUACCAGCCCCAUGAUUGUGUUCAGAUUAUCUUAAAAGCUUUAUUGAGGUAGGGUGCUGGUUUCCAUCUUGUACCCUAGAGUCUCCUCUCAUGAGGUCUUUCUGCUUGUCCCUUUUUUCUUCCUUGUUCCUUUCUCAUGCUGUCCUUUCCUAGGGCCCAGGUAAGUCUUCAAGAAUUGUAGAUGGUCUUGGAAGGCCCAACUCAGAGUUCCUUUUAUUUGAAAGGACAGCUAUGGGUGAAGAGUAGAGAGUGCCUCUUCUGAGUCAAGAUCUCUUCUAGAAAGCCACUUGGGACUCCCCCUGUCUGCCACAACCUUGGUUAUGGCAACUUCCAGCAUGAUGGUAUGGCUCUGCUAGAGUUAGAUGCUUUGAUCCCAGGGGACUUCUGAAGAAUUAUGGUUACAGUGGCCAGACCACCUCAGCACAUGGAAGCCACCUUGUAAUGUGGACAUUCUUCUAUUAAGGUAACCCUCUCCCGCUUAAAAAUAAAGUCUGAGGUGAAACACGUAUGCUGAGAAUGAAGUAACUAUGAGAAGGAAGCAUAGAUAUGAAUUAAAAUCUAUUCUUUGGCAUAGAUCAAAUUGGGAAUUGUCCUCUCAGAAGCAUGAAAAGAUGAUUUUCCCAUGUGAAGUUCAAUAUGAGGAUGGGAAAAUAAUCGCAGUAGACUUUGAACAAUGCAAUUUUAUCUCCAAUUCCCUCUUUUACAAAUAGCCUCUGCUGAAUGCUGAAUUGUAUCCCCCACUAUUAACCGCUGGUUUCAAAAAAUCUCUUUUGAAGUUUGUAAUUUUUUUAAAAUUUGGAAUUUAGUCCCAUUCACACUCUUUUUCAAUCUAGUUUAUGUAGGAGAUUUUUUUAGUAGAAAAAUAGCAACAUCCUCAAAUCUUCCUAUGGGAAAAUUUAGAAGGAAGGCUCACUUCUCUCCUGUGUUUCUGUAUUAAGAUAUUUAGAUCUGUUGUAUAUAUGAGUCAAGAUGCCCUCACUAAUAUACACAGUAUUUAAGACUCCAAAUGAAACUUCUUAAGUAUUUUAUUUUAUUCUCUGUAAAUGGUUUUGUAAAAUCUUGAAAAUCUACACUUUGCCUUUGUAGAUACAUCUUUGGGGGCUUGUCUUGCAUGUGUGUUUUUUGUUGUUAUUGUAGCUAAGUGCUGCUUAGUUCUUUCUGCGGGUUUUGGUUGAAAUGCUUAUAGACUUUAAUACAGUAUAUAUAUUUUCAGAAUAUAAACUUUUAUAUUUCUGUGGUAAAUUAGGACAUGCGUUUUAGGCAAUCUUUUCCAUUAAUAUCACUUCUUCCUUCAAAAAAAAUAUCUCAUACUGGUUUGGUGCCAAUUUUUUUUUAUCAGUCUUACAUUAUUAAGAAAUCAAGUCAGUUUUUUUAUAGAAGUCAUUGCGCUUGAAAUCUAAUUUGAAAACGUAUUGAAUUUGUGGAAUAAGCCUUACCAUUAGGUUCAAUAAUCCUUCUGAUCUUCAAAACUCCAUGUGUAGUUCAAGAACCCCCCCCAUAAAUUCUUACUGCGUGGCAGUUGAUGGAGUUGUGAACAGAGCCUUAAGGUUAUUGCAGAAAUAAAUAAAUAAAAGGAUAAUACGGGUUGUUUCCUCCAUGUAAGCCAUGAUGGUGGGCUCAUUGAAGUCUGUAAGUAGCUCAUGGCUAAUCUGAAGUGAGUGAUGGAGUUGAUGGUGGCAGGGAUCAAGUGGAUUCCUUGGUAAAUGUCUUUGGCCAUAAGACUGGACCAAGGACAAGUUUUCUGAACCACUUUUAUUCUGUUUUAGAGAUGGUAACAGGGAGGGCUGCUGACUCAUCAUUUGUUCUAAACAAAUGACAUUUCCUGCUUCUGACCCUGGUGGGGAUCCUAGGUUCCUUGUGGGUGACCUGAAAACGUCCAGAGUAGCUUAAGUCGGCACUCUCUGAGAGAUGUUAGCAAAGUUUACAUAAGAGUCUUACUGUAUAGACAAUCUGGAGUCAGUUUUUGUUCCAUCAUUGGCAUUGCCAUGUGUCCUUGGUGUUUCUGUGAGGAAUUGUGUGUCAAGUCAUACUAAACUGGAAUUCUCCAGGAUGGAUAUACUACUGUAGGUACAGAGCAUGAGCAGCAGGCAAGCUGGUCUAUCCAGGGCUUUUUCAGUGGCACAGAAAUCACAGAUGUUAUUGGCAGUGGGUCCUAUGUUUCUUGGAAUCAAAUAGAGUUAAAUCUCAGAAAUUAAAUUACAUGUUUUUGGUAGGUGGUACUCUAGCCAUUCUCCUUAUUAACCCUUGAGAUAGGAUCUUGAGUUCACGAUUGUGUGGCUAAGCAUGGGGUCCAUCUCUAGGAAGUGUCCAGUCACCUUCUCAGCCAUUAGCAUUGAGAUUGGCAUGUGCACAGAAUCAGUCAAAGGUCCUGACAUCUAGGGUUAAGCUUCAUCCUUACACCUCUUUGUUCCAACAUCUAGUCUGAUGCUGGAGCUUGUCAAGUUGACUCUGGGAAGUUCAGAGGGUGUAGAGUUUUCCAUCCAGUAUUCAGUUUGCCAUUGUGCCAUUAGUUCUAGCUUGAAGUUAUUUUCUAAUGUCUAGAUUGACAAGAUAGUGAAAAUAACUGCCUUUCAUAAAACCAGGGACCAAAGAAUUCCAUUAUUCCAACCAAGCAUGAGGUUCAUAAUUGUUAGGCACAUCUGGGUCCAGGUGUGUGAGCUUCGUGGCACAGAGGAACCCUUGGUUCCCCCAAACUCAUGCUCCCCCUGACUGGCCAUGCAGAGAAGAAGUUGAGUAUCUCAUUGAAUAGGCUCUGAAGGAGAGUUUCUGAGAUUGGAACUUAGUAACUCAGGUGGGUGUUUCUGCUGUGUAGUCUCAAGUUUUUAUUUACCCCAUUAUAAAGUGGAGCUCUGGGAUCCUGCCAGAUGUCUGACCACAGUAGACUCUUUCAUUUACAUGUGGACCUCCAGCUGAAGAUUUGCAGCUAGGUCUCCAGGGAUGCAUCCUGUGACUGCCAGAUGUCCAUCUCUUUAGUUCCUCAUCAAGCCAUUCCAUUUCCUGCUUGAUAGAGCAGGAAUUUUCCUCAGUGCCCCAUCAGGGGAUGCCCCAUUCUCAUUCUCAUUCAUGAUGAUGUCAUUGACUUCUUAACUAAUCCAGAGAUGACUGAUGUUAAAGAAGUGCUAUUCUAUUGGUAAGGCUUAUUACCAAACUUCUGAUAAUGAAGCAGGCUACCAAAUAUGUAUCCAGCUCACCCUAGGAGUGUUUGGGUUUGAUCAUGGAUAUAGCAUACACACCAAAAUCCAUGGAUACCUUUGCAAGUUAAGUUACUUAUUUUCUUUUGCCACAUUUUUAUGGGAGAGUCCUUAGUUCUGGAUACUUGUAAGUAUGAAUCCUUCAUAGAGUUAUAUGCAGGUAUAUCUGGCCCAUUCUCCACGUUGUAAAUAUUUUUCCCAAACUGGGUACAGUACUGAGGGUAAUAAUCUUCUGAUUUAUCAAAUGCUGACUGUCUGGAGCAAAUCGUCCACUCUUUGUGAAUGGUCCUGUAACGUAUAUGAACAUAUUUCUGGGUGCCUUAGAAGUUGUAUUUUCAUGUGUGCUAAUAUGCAGUAUUUAUACAUUGUGAGAAGCUGCUUUGAAUAAAAAGAUUGAAACUUC